AUGCCUACUCAUCUUGCUAAGAAUCGUAAGCUUCGUGGUCACGUUUCUGCCGGUCACGGUCGUAUCGGAAAGCACAGGAAGCAUCCUGGUGGUCGUGGUCUUGCUGGUGGUCAACACCAUCUCCGUACUCACUUGGAUAAGUACCACCCUGGUUACUUUGGUAAGGUUGGUAUGCGCCAUUACCACCUUUUAAGGAACCCUUUGUGGCGCCCAAGUGUCAACUUGGACCGUCUCUGGACUUUGGUCCCCAACGAGACUCGUGAAAAGUACUUGGGUAAGAACACCGAGGUUGCCCCUGUGAUCAACACUCUCCAAUCUGGUUAUGCCAAGGUUUUGGGUAAGGGUCGUCUUCCUGAGACUCCUGUCAUUGUUCAAGCUCGCUACGUCUCCCGCAGAGCCGAGGAGAAGAUUAAGCAGGCUGGUGGUGUUGUUGAACUUGUUGCUUAA